AUGACUGUUCCAGUCUCGUUUUUGAAAAAGUUUUUCAAGAGUCGAUGGGAAAUGCUGAAUAAUGUUCAAGAGACAGCAAGAGAGUUUUCAUCGAAAGAUGCAGUAAAAAGAUACAAUGAGUUCAAAGAGGGAAACUAUACAGUUGACUCUGAAAAUUUCCACGAUUACACAGAAGCAUUCCUGGCAAAAAUUCAAGAAAGCGCCAGAGAUGAAGUUAUAAAACUUACGAAUAAUGGAACCCGCCAACUGACCUUAACCGAUCGUCCGUCCACUCCGUACUUGAAUGCAGUCAUUGGAGAAAUUCAACGUCAUACGUCGAUUUUGAAUGUAAACUUCAGGAGAAUCAACAAUGAACCAACUUAUAUGGGAGGGCAUCUUGUGGAUUCAGGAGCUCUUGUCACCGCUCAACUCAACGCUCUCCACCUCAAUGAAACAGUAUUUAAGAAUCAAAAGGAGUUUGACCCAGAAAGAUUCCUUCGAGAUGAGAAGCUUCUUCAGAAAGUUAUUCCAUUUGGCUUCGGGAAACGAUCAUGUUUGGGAGAGUCAUUGGCAAGAUCGGAGUUGUAUUUGAUCUUCGGAAAUCUUCUUCUCCGCUACAACUUUAAGCCAACCGGAGAACUGUCAACAGAAGAGCUGCUGCCAUACAGUAAAAACGUUAUACUGCUAAAACUUAUCGUAGGCGUUGUUUGA